GUGAUGCGCAUGAGAUUGGAAUUCCAGGCCAUGUCAUUGUGUUGUGGCAUCUUUCCAGCAAACCAACCGCCUCAUCGAGAGCUUGCAGAUGCAAAAGCCCCUCAAGCAUAACCAUUGUGUGGAACAAGUUGGCGGCUUUGCCACGAUAACCCUUCUGAGCACAGCAUACCCGUAAGAGUGCCCUCAAACAAAAGCCAAGCCUCGUAGAGAAAUCCACUGCUGCACCAUUGCGUUCCAAGAGAUGGUGCUUAGUAUGCCGUAUGUGGUGAUAUCACAACCGUUCCAAGACACAACGUCCCACACGGGCAUCGCAUCCAACACCUUCUUUUCCUUUGAAACGGCGAGCACGCGGGCAUGAGUCCCCGUCCACGAGUCGGGCAUGAUCAGGUUGCCCAGUCCGGGUAUAUGCUGCAAUGAGAGGAUUUGAGGCGUACAUGCUCUUGUGUGGAAUCUGCUCAAACAGUUGCCUCGUCUCGUCCAUGUGAUUCCACGAGACCGUGUCAAAAACGAGUCAAACAAUCCCUGGCGUAGCUGACGCAGCCGUUGCGGACGAGCGCCGCGAUGAUCGUGUUGUAGGAGAAGGAAUUGGGCUGCUGGAUGCUUCGAUCCAGCCAACACUGCCGCCUAUGUCUUACUCGCAAACAUCCACUCGAAUAACUUCAUCGCCCAGGUGGAUCUCGUUUCCAAGCCCUAUCAAGGAAUGGAGACGGGGCACAGCCGCGUUUCGGCCAUAGCUCGCCAUCUUCAAGCUGCGACGACGAGCAUUGAUCGUGACAACACAAGUUCCUGCGGUCUUCCGGUGGUUGUCGGUGCCAUGGUAGCGGACAUCCAAUCCUUUCCCUCCACUCAGCUCAGUCGUGGCACAACAGUCGUCGGCCAGGUCAAGUACAGCCAUGGUGGAGUCGGGAGAAAUGUGGCCGAGUGCAUGGCCAAGCUCGGAGUGCCUUCGUUUCUCAUCAGUAUCGUCGGGGACGACAUUGCUGGAAAUGCUCUGGUGGAUCACUGGAAGUCUCUGGGCUUAACGACAAACGGCAUUCGAAGGUGUUGUGGAGCAGCCACGCCAGUCAUCUCUAUCGCUUUCGACACCACGGGCGAAGUCGCUGCUGGUGUAGCCGACACUGGAACAGUUGAGAAACACCUGACCCCGGACUGGAUCUCGCAAUUCUCGACCAUCAUCCAAGCAGCACCGGUUGUGUUACUGGAUGCCAACCUCACUCCCGAGUCACUGGAAACAGCUUGCAAGUUGGCGGAGCAAGCAGAGGUUCCGGUGUGGUUCGAGCCAGUAUCAGUUUCCAAGUCCGUCAGGGCUGCUGGCCUCUACAAAUACCUUGCUUACGUAUCGCCAAACGAGAAAGAACUGGCUGCUAUGGGAGAAUCACUAUCGAGUCUUGAUACUGCUCCAGUUCCUAGUGGCUGGAGCAAGGAGCAGCGCUACAUCCAUCUCCUCCUCCAGGCAGGCGUCAAGCAUGUUAUUGUGACGCUGGGCAGCAAAGGCUCGCUAGCUUGCACGCUGGAGUCUGCAAGCGGCAGUAGCUUCUCAAUCCGCUGCCUUCACGUUCCAGCGGCGGCGGCUCGAGUGGCGAGCUUGAGCGGCGCUGGAGACUGCCUGGUGGCUGGAUGCAUCGCGUGGUUGGCGACGAGAGGGGACGGCGACGUGUUGGGAUGCGUCACCCAUGGCACCGCUGUGGCCAAACAAGCCGUGGAGUCGCACCUCAACGUCCCCGACGUGAUCUCGCGGCAGGAUCUUUGGAGCGAUGGCGAUGCUGCGCGGAGCAUGGCGCGAGAAUUAUCGUUAGAUGGCGGGAUAUUCGUGGAGCAUAUGCCGGGGGACAGGAGACCCUAGUGUGUCCCGGCGGUGGAGGUGGGCGAAGGCGCGGUGCGUGGAAAAAGACCCAUCCCAUGGCGUGCAAUCGACGCUAGCGCUAGAAGAGGUAGCUUCCACUGUAGCGAGCUGGGAGGAGGGGGAGGAGAGAAUGCGAGGAGGAUGCCCGUGGGAUGAGAGGAGGGAUUGCUUCGUCUUGGGUGGAAGUGGGAGUGGGAGGAUUCUCCUCCAUCAUGCCGCCCACGCUGAGAAGUAUGCCUCCGCCGCCACAGAGAGUCAUGAGCGGCGCUCGCGUGCUAAGAUCGCUCCGCAAGCUCGCCGCCUACUGCAGUUUGAUGGCCUUCUCCUGCCUGCUCGUUGUCAAGCUCGGCUCCCCCACCUCCUCGGCUCCUCCGCAUCGUCACGAUCUCUUCUUCCAUUUGUCUUGGUGGUGAGUUCUCUCAAGCAAGAUAAGUUUCUUUCUUCUGAGCU